AUGCUCGCGCCGCUGACAGCGAUGGACAAGAUGAAGGCAGAGGAGUUGGAAUACCUGAUUCAUCAUAUCGUUUUACCUCCGAAGCUGCCUCAAAAAGAUGACUGGAGCGUUUCCAACGAGCGAGCCUUGCUUAACCACACAGUACGGGCUUUUCACGAUUUCCGCGACACGCUGGCAGUUGAGAACGCAGAGGCCGCGCAACAGAUUGCGUUUGUGGUUGACACUAUCGAGAAUCUGAUCCAGUGUUCUAGCAAUGCAUGUAUUUCAGAAACAGGGCUAGCUGAAUCCCUUCAACGUCUGGCUGCUGGCCACCUCUCGGGCACCAUACCUUUGCGAGUAAAGGAGCAGAAUGCCGGCAUAAUCAUUAGUCGCUCCGAUACCGACAUUCUCUUCGAAGUUUUUGAGCUAUCGCCUCUGAAUGCAACGGUUAUGUCCACACCAGGUCGUCUUGUCCGCCUGUUUCCAACAUACGCUUCUAAAAUUCCUGCUGUCAAAUUUCAGGAAGACGGACUUGUCGAAUCCUUGGCCCAUGCCGUUGCGGAGAUGUGCACCCAUAAGGUCCCGGCAUUUCAGCCAAAGGCCAAUAAAGGUGGGAAGAAACAUAGUGAAAUUCGCGAUACGACGCACCCUGCCUUAGUGACCGAAUAUCUUAUCAACGUCCUUUCCGCCAUCGGACAGCCAGCUGCUACCAGUGGCAUCACCAAGAACACACGCGAGGACAUCUUGUGGUCUGAAACUCUUCAUCCUUGGAGACGAUCUUCCUUGUGGCUCUUGGUACGCGUUGCAAUGCAAAUUCAGCUUUCUCGUCAUUCCGGUAACACACCUGCAGCUCUUGACCUAUUCAAGGCAGGCAUGGUCUAUGUGCUAUCAAACCUUCUGGACGCCGCCAUAAGUCAUCAUGGAUCUGUGGGCAUGGACUUACUGUAUACCAUAUCCGUAAAACUCGACCGUCGCCUUCGGAAGUUAAAAGCCUCGCAAACUGGACCCGCUUAUUCGCUAUGUGCAAAAUCUGCUUUGUCAAGCCUUUCCACCGCGAAUCGCUUCAUGAAGAGUAACUGGGAGCGUAUCAUGCGCGAUCAGGACGGAAAUAUUGGCAUAGCUGGCAUAGCAACCCUGGAGGUGAAAGACGACCUAGACUUGAAUAUUCCGGAGCUGGACCAAAUUAUCUGCCAGAUUAAUGCCCGAUCACGGCAAUCUGUUACCUCCAAGUUUCUUCCUGACUUCUUCUUCCCGGAAUUUCCAGCAACCGAGCUUCCAGCACUUUCGAACACCUCCGAAGAGGCCUCAUUUUUCCAGCUGGCUGCAAUGGAGAAGUGGGUUCUGGGGUUUCUCUCUUCUUGGCUCGAUCGACACAUUGGAGCGGAGGAUUCUUGCGAACGCUUAGGCUGUCUUAUCGAGACUUACCAUGAGAAAGCACGCAUUAUUUAUUCCAACAUACCUCGGAACUUCUCUAUCAUGUACCUCACCAUUAUGGAAUUGUGGGUGGCCUGUGAUAAGUGCGCAUGCCACCGUUACAAACUACUGCUCGAUUACAACCCGGAAGUUGAUGUUGAGCCACUCUGCUCCCUUUCCCUUCCUUUUAGGAGUCAAAUGAAGCGGCUGGUUGAGAUUGAGAAGUAUGUUGGGACUCGUUGUAAGGACUCCAUGUUGAGUGCACCGUCCCUUUUCCGCGAUUUCGGCCACCCCACAUCAUUCGGCGUCAGAUAUUACGAUGGCUCACCGGAACAUCAAUCGCUCAAGGAAUCCAUCGAACAAGAAGCUGAAGGUAAGCGCGAGCAAAAGCGAGCUGAGUUGGCCCAAAAAAAGCAACAAUACAGACAACUCAUGGCGGAUUCGGGCCAACUUAGCUGCACCUAUGUCGACGCGCGCAAUCGUUACGGCGACGUUUAUCAAAAACAUGCAUCGUAUUGUCGGAAAUGCUCCUUAAAGACACAAGCCGAAAACCUUUCCAUUAGCAUACACGAAUGGCCGCUCCCUUCUAACUUAACCGAAGCCAAGGCUGCCGUCUUUGAGUUGCAGAUCCCUCGUGAGUUUGCCCGCUGGCGAGACACAACAAGGUAUCUCAUGAUAUCCGUUCUGGAAUCUACCAAACACAUUAAGCCAGAGCGCAUGCCUGCAUACACGCUUGAGAACCAAGACUGUCUACGGAGCCGUCAGCGAAUUGCGCCCAAACAGCGCUUAGUGACAGUGUCCAAGGUAAAGCCCCUCAACAGGAGUCAUUAUAAAACCAAAGGGGCCAUGAUCUACGUCGACAACGAGGAUGUUUGUGUACCCAAUGCCAUGCGUUGCAUAUACUAUGAUAGUAGCAGCGGAUCUUUCCCUCGCGUGCUCGAGCCCACCGAUCAAGUCAAGCAAAACUGUUCAUAUCAACUUCCAGUUCGUUCCAAAAACCUUGAACACUAUCUCCUCGCCGGAUCUAGUAUGGGUGAAGUGUCACCUAAUUCUGUCAUCAGCUCUCUUUCGGAUUGCCCGCACCACAUCGCUCAGUCAGAGUACAAAGCCUUUGGUGCGCUCCCUAUUGGACAUUAUAUUCAAUAUCUAAACAUAUUGACACAACUGGCCGUGCCCACGGUUGACUUUGCAAAGGUUGAGACACAGUGUCUAAUCUUGCAGACCAUUCACCGGGCUGGUCCACCAUUAAACGACGCUGGCAUUGAGCGGGUUACUCAUCAGAUACUUACAGACGAGAAUUUCUGCGAGGCCACUUUGAGCGAGCUAGAGGCCAUCUUACCUACGAUUGCAAAAAACUGGGAGUCUUGGAGAGGGCUGGCAACAAUGGUUCAGCUUGCAAUCCGAACGUUCGAACUUACUCCCGCAGCAAUGGUGCAAGACCGGUGCUUGGCCUGGCUUGGAGACGCCCGCGAAGUAGCUUUAAACUGGCUCAAAAAUCUCCAAAGCAAAUCUCGAUCUUCUACCGACCACAAACAGCGUCUUGAACUGAUGUCUCGGGCCACAGAAGUCGCACUUCUCUGCACCAGUACCUUUGACGUUGAUGAGAACCACCUGGAUCGCAUCCUUUCGUUGCCCCGUGAAGCUUCUGCCUUGAUCCAGAGUUCGAUUGUGGUACAGGAGAAUCAAGAAAAUGUAACAUCUGAGCACAGACACUUACUUCGUGCAAUGAUGCAAGCUUGGAAGUCCUUACAUUUUCGCAUCUUACCGGUGCUACUGGACGGGAUUCUUCACCGCAAUCUUCAAGAAGGCCUAAAUGAAGCAUUGAAACUAUCCUGGUCCGGGUUCGAACCAGGCCGCUGGAAAAGGUUUCAUGAUGCCCAUCUUCAAUGGAUAUAUCUCGACUGUGGUGAACGCAUGAUUCAGUUCAAUCUUCUUACAGCGGAACUUCUUGUCGACGGCAUACCAUUAGCUCGACUACCAAGAGAGUACACCUCGCAUCCUAUAUACCUGGAGCUUUUCCAACAAUCCUCCAUCGAGGUUAUGCCAUCCAAAGAGCCUGGCAUGUGCUUUUCUUCCAAGUUUGAUCAUCAUGGCCACGCACUCAGUUUUGGAAUGCAUCACAGUCAGAUGCUCGUGGUCGCAGCCCAGGACAAGAAGAAGUACGACUUGGUACCGUCUGAUGUCUUUGUAGGAGUUCUUCCUUCAGCAUUUAUUACCGGUUUUUUCCAUUGGUAUGAUCAUAGCAAAGAUGUAGUGGAGUUCUGCCCACGAGAAAAGCCCUGGGACUUCACCACCGAAUCGUGGCGUUUGAAGAAGGUGCAAUUAAUGUGGCAGCUCGUUAAAGAAUCAUCGUCACUUGUCAAUCCAGCCAGUAAAGUGGGUCGCACGCUGUCUGCCAUUUUUUCUCCUUUGGAAGAUGAGCUGCACAUCCACGCUACCUUUCUCGAACCUUCCUCCAUGAAUAUUGCUCUGCCUAGACUCCAACUUGAUUUCAGAUUUGACCUUGGCCACUCAUUCAUUCACUCUAGUCAGUAUCGAGGCAUGGUGAUUGAUCCUAAUCAGCAAUUCGGAACAUUAGUGGGCCUCCAGAACAAGCUCGUUCUAAAGCAAAUCUCCGGCUUUGACAAUCGAAUGGUUCUGAUCCCUGAAGGAUCAGUUUCUUUCAUCAAAUCUCCUGACCAUGUGAUGGUUUUUAUCGACGCCAACACUGCUUCAAAAGCACAUUCCUAUCAGAUAGAUGAAACCCUUGGUCGCCUAGAAGACAACGGAAGUCUACAGAGCAAAUUGUUCCUCUGCUAUCUGCACUCCCUCACCUCAUAUUUCCUCCCAGACGAUCUCACCGGCCAUACGGGAACGGAAGCUGCGCUUCUCAUCUUGAGAUCAGCAGCUGUUGUAUCCUUUGACGUUCUCACAAAACAUAACAUCAGUGUCCUGGAGCUGAUAGCAAGUUUGACUCCAAAACGAGAAUACUAUCCGGACCAUCUGAGAGUCAUGCAACAAGUGUUUUGGGACAGCCGUCUGUCCUUCAUGUCGCAACAUUCUGAGCUUUUCCUAGAGGUGGAAAAUAUUUUCAAGAUUUGUCGAGAUGGGCAGUCGCUACGUUCGAAAGAUGUCUUCGUUCAACCCCCUGAUUUAGAAUCCGGCGACGUCAAGCUACUGAGGAGGCAUAUGAUUUCAUCAUCUAUGUUCCGAGUUGAUGGCUUUGGAGGCGAACACUUCACCCGCAGUCUUGAUGUUGUCUAUCGCGAUCGGAAAAAUCACUCAUCUAACGAAGGUCAUUUGUCUUUUAUCGCUUCAACCUUAGUAUUGCGCGAGCAACCGUUCCUUCAUUCGAGCAUUGAUACCCAAAGGCUGCAACAAUCUCUUCGAAACUGUCAUCUCAAGGACAGUCAGAUCCUAGGCCCAGGCAAAGCAAUCGCCCCGACUAUAUUGAGAUACUCCGCAAAAUGGCUCCACAAGCCCUCUGAUUGGCUGCCGGAACUCUGGUGUCGACUCCAUGCAUCCUUACCAGUUGAAGGAAAAUUCAACAAAUACAACAUCAUGAUGUGGCUCUCGAGCGCUGCUUUUUCAGAGACCGCUGACAUGGAUGUCAUCCAAGCGUUGGCUUCAUUCUACAGGUCUCCCCUGAUGAGCUCUGUCGCUAUCCCCAACAUCGAGAAAUAUAAUCUUAGCAAGGGAGAUAGUGCUACACGGAACGUAUUGUAUAAUUGUAUAUCGGUACACAAGCGUCAGUUUGACGGAUCCCCGGAAUCCAUGCUUCCAAAAAAUGAUACAGAGAGCAACAAGAAACAUCUAAAAAGGAGAAUGAAUAGGUUCGAACAAGCCCAACACGGUGCGAUAGAUGAUUUUGUAUCCGCUCUUCUGAACCAGUGGCCGUCCGAACAGCCAUCAAAGCCAACUACGCAGGGUGCUGAAACCUACAUCCACACGAGCAGAGCUAUGGAAAGUGCCAGGAAGGAGUUCAAAUUCUGGUUUGACAAUCGAUGUUUCUACCAGUACCUCGAAUCUACAAUUCGCACCCUUCAGCUUAACCGUGUUAUCCAAAUCGAGAACCAACCGAAUCUAGCCGCCGAGCCUGAGCAAAUUAACGGGAUAGAUCUGAAUCUUAGGAGCUUCCCUAUUAGUAAAAUCUUUGCUCUGCCACCACCGGUUGUCGGAUCGAGUUUGGUCAAUGGCGAUGGUCGCAAGUGGCCAGCCUCGCCAACCGAGCCUAGCGUGCUGACAGAAGAGAGCACUCUUUCCGAGAGUCAUCAGUCUAAGAAGCGAUUGGCCGCACUCUGCCAUCAGCUCGAUUUGCAGGCUAAAUCCAGCCAAGAGAAGCAGUAUGUAUCGGAUUUGCGCAGAAGUUGCGAUUCUCUCUCCGAAAACGAGGUACAGGCCAAUUUUCGCACAGACCUGCUCGCAAGUUUGCAGUCCUAUGCAUAUGACUGUCAGAAAUACUUCAACGAAGCAAACAAGUUACUUGAAGACCUGGUAGAUUCAACCAACGAUGUUGGUCAUAGUCGUCAGCGUCCCCGCAUUUGUCCAAUCUUUUGGUUGCAGCGACUGAACAAGAGGAAGUUUGAUCAACUCUCCUCAUCCUGGAAGCUUGUCAUUGUUCAGUAUGGCCUCGCAGUCACUCAAAUACAGCGCGCUCGACGAUUACUUGCUCUUGUCGACUACCCGAGAGAGUUCGCUGAGGAACUUCGAAACCGAGGCCAUAUCAACUGGAAUCCAGCUGAAUUCCCAGAAACUUUGCUGCUCGAGGCUGAGAGUGGAAUUUUGGUCCGACCAGUUCAAGAAGGCAUUGCACAACAAAUGCGGCAACCGCCCAAUGGAGAAAACGCAGUGAUGCAGUUGAACAUGGGUGAAGGGAAAUCAACUGUGAUCGUACCAAUAGUUGCAGCUGCUUUAGCCGAUGGCCAUACUCUUAUGAGAGUUGUUGUCGCAAAACCACAGUCGAAGCAGAUGCUGGAGAUGCUUAUUUCGAAACUCGGCGGACUGCUGGAUCGACGCAUCUACCACAUGCCUUUUUCGAGAGCCUUGCGGCCAUCUCCAGCUGAAGCCAAAGCAUUUGGCAAAAUAUAUCGCGAUUGUAUGGAGCAGCGUGGUGUAUUACUUGUACAGCCCGAGCAUAUUUUGUCGUUCAAACUGAUGUGCAUAGAAUCACUCAUUACUGGAAACGAAGCUUUGGGACGGUCUUUACUCAGUACACAGCAAUUUUUCGAUACACAGUCCCGCGACAUUGUUGACGAGAGUGACGAGAAUUUCAGCGUCAAGUUCGAGCUAGUCUACACCAUGGGCGCUCAAAAGCCCAUCGAACUGAGCCCAGAGAGAUGGAACCUAGUACACAAUGUGCUUUCGCUAUUACCCCAAUACUCAAAGCAGAUCAAGGCCUUACAGCCUUCUUCGAUAGAAGUUGAUGACCGCUGGGAAGGAAGAUACCCUCGUAUUCGAAUCCUAGGUAGCGAUGCUGAAGCUAGGCUGCUCGAUCUAGUUGCAACGCACAUUUGCAAGCUUGGGUCUCCCGUCUUGGCUAUUAACCGACUAUCUGAGAGCGAACAAGACGCUAUACUUCGGUACAUUCGACAUGCAAAGCCUUCGCCUGACGAUAUUGAGAGAGUGAAAACUGGAAAAUCAUGGGCUGUGAUACAGGACACCCUCAUGCUUCUGCGAGGUCUAAUCGCAGGCGGUGUACUACGAUUUGUUCUGCGCCUGAAGAGGUGGCGGGUAAACUACGGUCUCGAUUGCAAUCGCUUGCCCAGAACAAAACUAGCCGUACCGUACCGUUCAAAAGACAGCCCAUCCCCUCGGUCAGAGUUCAGUCACCCGGAGGUUAUCGUCGCGCUCACUUCUCUUACAUAUUACUAUGGUGGAUUGAGCGACGAAGAACUCUUCGACACCUUCUCUCAUUUGUUAAAGUCGGAUCAGAAAGAUGCCGAAUACAGCGACUGGGUACGUGAUCUCAAAGCUAUGCCGAAAGCCUUCCGCCUUCUUUCUGGUGUCAAUAUCAAAGAUCGCCAACAAUGCAAAAAUGAAGUCUUUCCUUUGCUACGUUUCUCCAAGGGAGCUAUCGACUAUUUCUUGUCUUAUACUGUCUUUCCAAAAGAGAUGAAAGAGUUUCCCGAAAAGCUCUCGGCUUCCGGGUGGGAUAUGGCAGCAGUUAAGCCAAAACCAACCACAGGAUUCAGUGGUACCAACGAUUCCCGUCACGUUCUACCCUUGACUAUGAAACACCUUGAUCUCCGUGAGCAGAAACACACAAACGCUCUUGUGUUAGCGUACCUUCUGCAAGAUGAGAACUCUUUGGUUCUUCUGCCACCUCAGUCGGGUUCAAAAACUUCUACUGCGGAAACCUUACUUGGAAUUGUGAACGGAAUGGACGCAAACACUAGAGUAAUUCUCGAUGUCGGCGCCCAGAUCCUCGAGCUGAAUAACUUGGAAGUUGCAGAGACUUGGCUAUCGAUGAGCAAUCCGGAGACCAGUCGAGCGGUGGUCUUUUUCGACCAUAAUGAAGAGCUUUCGGUCCUGGAUCGCAGUGGUCGAGUUGAGUCCCUCCAAGCCUCUGCAUUUGCGAAGCAUCUUGAGGAUUGUCUCAUCUAUCUAGACGAAUCUCAUACCAGAGGAACAAACUUGAAGCUACCCAAAAAUUACCGUGCAGCAGUUACAUUGGGUGCGAGCCUUACCAAAGAUCGACUGGUUCAGGCGUGCAUGAGGCUGCGAAAACUCGGAAAGGGUCAAUCAGUGGUUUUCUGCAUUUCUGAAGAGAUCAAGGGCAAGAUUAUAGAGCGCACAUCCAAAGCAGCAGGCGAAAUUCAAGUUUCCGAUGUUUUGAUGUGGGCAAUAACUGAGACAUGGAGCGAUUUACGUCGGAGCAUGCCUCUCUGGGCCACUCAAGGCUGGAGAUAUGAAGAACACAAGAAUGUGCUCAAUGGUGUCCAAACAACGGCGGAUCAAGCAAAACAGUUUCUCGAAGAAGAGGCACAGACUGUCGAACAUCGGUACCGGCCGCGCAUAAACAUCAGUGCCAACGAAGCUUUCAAAGACUGGGAUAUCUCCGGUCCCAACAUCAAGAAGAUUAUCCAGCGGUGUCAGGACUUUGAUACGCUCAACUUCAAUGCUGCAUCUCUCCAGGAAGAGCAAGAGCGAGAGCUUGCCCCAGAGAUUGAGGAAGAGCGCCAGCUAGAGCGACCACAGCCGAUGAGCCCGGAGAAACACGAAAUUCAUCGACAUCUCUCACUCUUGGUCAAGACAGGACAUCUUAUCGACGAAUUUACGGCUUGUUCACCUGCUUUCCAGGCUCUCCGACAAGCAAGUCCAGCAAAGUAUUUUGAUGUUAAGCAACUUCCUACCGAUCUACUAGUCACUCAUGACUUUAUCCGCACCGUGAAGCGUCCCGGGGGUAACCCAUCUACAUUAUUCAACGUUGACUCUUACUUGAGACCAGUGCAAUGGAUUCUUUCAUUCCCGAAGGAGAAGGCUCCGUAUAUCUCUAAACACCAACUCAUGAUCAUCAGCCCAUUCGAAGCCGACCAACUGUUCCCCUUGAUUCGGAUUUCUAGUUAUGUCACCUUGCAUCUGUAUGCGCCUCGCUCAAACCAGUUCUUCAGACCUCUAGACGAUUUGAACUUGUUCAAAAUUGGGAAUGGAGCAUUUGACGUGAGUGCAGUCGACCGAAGCCUGAUUGUGCAGUUGAACCUGUUCGCUGGACAACUUUACUUCAAUUCCUAUGAUGAAUAUACAGAGAUGUGUGACUAUCUCGGGUUGGCAUGGGCUACUGCAAAAGAAGGACAAGAAGUACAGACGGAUGGCUUCAUCAGGGGCUCACAGGGAAAGUGGGGAUUGAAGGAUAGCGCGGUGAGAUUCUUCAGGGAGUUGAUGAAGCUUCGGCGUGAGGGUGAGGGCAUUGACAAGACGCAAGUCGGCAAACUACUCAACGGUGUGAUGUUUACGGAAGAUGAAUUCUUGGAGGAUGAGGAGUCUGGCGGCUAG